UUGGACGAACACGAGGAAGCAGGACCCGGAAGUAAACUGGCGAGUUGUCCCUGCGGCUUGUGAGUUGCGACCGGCCGAGGGAAGGGUUGGCGGAGAUUUUCGCAGGUGUGGGCACGGUCUGCGCCGGUGAGUGUCAGUAAUGGUUUCUGCAAAGCAGCUAGCAGACUUUGGCUAUAAAACUGUUUCCAGCUCAAUGAUACUCCUUACACUGUAUGGUGGUUACCUCUGUAGUGUCAGAACGUACCGCUUUUUCCAACGCAGGAAGCAACUUCAGCAAGAGCAGGAACAUGCAGAUGCUGUCAAGAACUGAAAAUUGCCUGUAAAUGACUGUUGGAUUCUUAUCGGAUCGCUGUGUUGCAGACACUCCUACAGGGAAGCAAAACUGCAGACAUCUCUGCCACAAAGAAUGGGCAUUUCAGGCUGUGAUGUUAAAAAGGGUAAAAACAUCUUGUGUUCAAACAUUCUAUGUACAGCUUCUCUCCUUAUUUCUGUAAGCAGAUGCUGAUUAUAAAAAAGAUGUAUUCACCAA